GUUGACGAUCUUUAAACUUUUAAUUAAGUUUUUCUAUGCUGUAUUUAACAAUACAAAAUCCUAUUGUAUUUCCAAUGGCUUAUGAACACUUACCUUGUUUGCAGCGAAUUGGGGAUAAUGUAAAAAAGUAUCGUCUUCUCUUACUAGAAACCGAUAAGGUAACAAUUGGUCGAUCUCCAGAGGUGACACAUUGUUUGCUGUCUGUUAUGAUUUCACGAUGUCACUGCAUUCUCAAUAAAAAUCCUGAUUCAUCUUGGACAAUAACCGAUAACAAGAGUUUGAAUGGAGUGUUUGUAAAUGGUGAGAAACUUGUUGCCCAAGAACCCCAUAAACUGUCAGAAGGCGAUACCAUACAGCUUGGAAUAUCCACCUCUCCAUCAAAAGCUCCCGAGUUCUUAUACAAAUUUUUCUCAUCCGUGAAAAUCAAACGACAGAGACCGAAAUCUUCAAGUGACUCUGAACCGAAAUCCAAGAGACUGAAAAGUAGUCGGACUACAGAAGAUGAAAACAAAACCAAGUCCACACAGCCGGAGAGCGAUUCCCAUGUUUCCAGUUCGCAACCGGAUCUGGAAGAUGGUAAAGAUGUGACAAAGCGUCUGUGUGGAGAUCAAGUGGACGGCAGGUCUCCCUACAAGAAGUACAAGGAGCAGCUGAGAGACAACGAAGAGAGGCAAGCGGAGGAGAUGAGGAGGAUCCAGGAGCGGAUGCUGGAGAUGCAGAACCAGCUGAAGGAGAAGGAGGAGGAGCAGGCGAGGAUGCAGGAGGAGCUGAGCAAGGAGAAACAGGAGCGGGAGGCCCAGGCUGUGACACUGAGCGAACUCAAGAAGCAGGAGGAGAAGCUGAAGCAGGAGAUGCUACAGAAACAGGAAGCUUUAUUAAAAGAGAAAGUAGAAACGGAAAGACUAAUUCGUGAGGAACUUGAGACGCAGUUGAAGAGUCGCGAGGAUGAGCUGAUGGAUCACCUCAAAGUGCAGCGAGAAGCUCUUCUCUCGGAAAAACAGCGGGUGGAGGAGAGACUGCAGAAUGAAAUGGCGAAGGCUCUUGAAGAGAAAGAUAAACUGUUGGAAACAGAAUUGUUACAGCAAAAGGAGCAGCUUGACAAGGUUCUGGAGAAGAAGGAGCUGGAGCAGAAGGUAUUGGAGAGUCAGCUGCUGGACACGAAGGCGGAGAGUGAGAAACAGAAGGAGAGCGUUCUGCAGGCGCGCGAAGACGUCCUGUCCAACUUCGCCGAGCUCAUGGAGACUGAGCUGCAGUGCAGCAUUUGUAACGAACUUUUUGUCCAGGCGACAUCUCUGAACUGCUCACAUGCAUUUUGUGCCUUGUGUAUCGCAAACUGGAUGAAAAGAAAGAAGGAGUGUCCGAUCUGCCGUGCCCCGGUCACGUCACACAUGAGGUCGAUAGUUCUUGACAGCUAUAUCGAUGCAAUGUCCGAACACCUCAGUGACGAGAUGAAAGAGAAGCGAAAAGAACUAGUCCAGGCAAGAAAAGAGGAGCAGGCAAAGUUUGAUGAAGAAAACAGAGUACAGGAGCCUGGACCGUCGGGUGGUAGAGGGAGGGGGCGGGGGCGGGUGCGGGGCCAGGCUCGAGUUAGAGGAGCCGCCCGUGGUGGCCCAGGUGGCUCACGGCACUCAGAACGUCUCAUUGUUGUGGAGAGUGAUGAUUCCGAGUUGUUGACUGACGACAGUGAAAAUGACAACAGUGACAGUGGCAGUGUUAGUGGAGAGAGUGACUCCUAUUAUGGUGGAUAUGGAAGAUGCUAUACAUGUGGUGCUCUUGGUCAUUGGGCAAAUGGAUGUCCUUUAAAUUAGUGACUUCUGAAAAUUCGUCCUGUCAACGAUUACUGAUGGAAUAAUGCCCAUAUGUCAUUGAGAAAGUACUGACCGGAAAACUCUGUCCAGAUUUACAAUAAUGGUUCAGUUAUUAGUGGCCAAAUUAAUAACUACAGUUGUCUGGCAGGUUGGCUGUUUCAAAUGGAUGAUGAAAACCUUUAUGAAUGAUCAUAUCAAAGGAACCUUCAGUGUACUAAGUUCCAAGCAAUGUUUUUAUACCAUCACCCAUUCAAGGCACAGACCCCUUUGGCUUGGUCCAGGGCAGAGGGGAAAUUUUGAUUGAUUUAUAGCGAAAGAAGGGAGAAUUAUAGAUUUGAUGCAUUGGUCUAAAUUUGUUUUUAGUGCUAUUGGGUUAAUUAUCUUUAUUAUCUUGCCAUUUUUGAACGGGCACCCAAAUUGUGAAAAAUAAUAAGCUACUUUUAUUUAAUUAUUUAAGCUCAGGAGGGAGUAUUGGAAAGUGGUGGGUUUUGCACCCAAUGCAGCUUCACCCUACAACACCCAGUCUUGCCGGGCCGGAGUCCCAUGGGGCAGGAUUUACCAGAGUGGGUGGUUGGGGAUUUGGGAAAGGCCAGUAGACCCUACUGGCUGUAAUUACCUAUGCCCUAUCAGCUGAAACCACCUACACACUAUCGUUCCUUACUACCAACAAUUCCACCCACCCACAGUCGUCCAUUCAAGUCUGAGAUGCAAGGUACAGGAGGAUAAGGUGAUGAAGUUUAUGUUGAUGAAGAUGAAGGUGACAAUUCUGGAUGUUAAUAGAUGAACAUAAGUAUGCUGUUUAGCUGUCAUACGAAGUGUUGGAGUGUUGGAUCGUUAGUUUGAUGUUCUGGAGAUAUAACGAAGAAACACCAGGCAGAAAAAAAAAGUCUUCGUUGAAUAUUGUGUGGUUGUGUGACAUGUCACUUAUAUUGAUGGCUCAGACGAGUAGUGCACCAGUUAUUUAUGAACCCUAAAUCUGUACCAGUGUUUCUUGUCUGAUAGUUGAUCGGGACCCGUACAGAUGAUUCACAUUAAGAUUCAUGAUGAAUUCAUUACAGAGAGCCAUCAAAUACCACACAAGUAUUAUAUUGUGAUGAAAGUUUAGGUGUAUCUACCACCAGGGAAAUUGGUGACGGGAGUCCCUCACAGAUAAUGACCAACGUUAAUUCAAUGUUUAGUUGUUAGUAGACUCAUAGCCAUCUGUCUUUAGACAGAGGAAUGAUGAAGUCCUUUACUGAAAGUGUCUAAAGCAGCUAACAGUUUGUUAGGGGAUAUUUAAGUAUACCAGGGGAGCUCCAGUUGUUAAGAGAUUUGACACAAGCUGGUCCAAAGCAUCACUUUCUUUGGAGGAUUUAGAUUUGGUUGACAUGAGAGAUUAAAACUAAUUCAGUAUUCCUUUAAAAACAUGUUUUUGUCUUUCAUCAUGGAGAAGCUGUUGAGGCUUGUCUCUAAUUCACAAGGGGACGGGAUGUAGCCCAGCGGUAAAACGUUUGCUUGAUGCGUGAUCGGUCUAGGAUCGAUCCCCGUCGGUGGGCCCAUUGGGCUAUUUCUCGUUCCGGCAAGUGCUCCACAACUCGUGUAACAA